GUCGCCCGUCAGGUUUCCACCUUUACACCAGAGGGGCCGAGUCCUACCGCGCGCCGCUAGUCGCUCGCGAGGAGGCCUUUUAAUUGACGCGCGAGCGGCCAGCCGCAUCUCAGUUGUAGCAGGAAAACAAGGGGGGGUGCGAGGAGGUGGAGGAGAGGAAGAAGGGGUGUUAGGGUGCUCUGAAUUCCAGAAAGGCGUGAGGAGGACGUCUGCAUCGGGAAGCAAAACAAGGGAUCUGAGAUGGCUGAGGUGUCACAAGAGGAGAGACUCCAGGUCAUCGCUGAGAAAAGGAAGAAGCAGACAGAGAUUGAAAACAAGAGGAGGCAGCUGGACGAUGAUCGACGACAACUCCAGCAUCUGAAGUCAAAGGCCUUGAGAGAGCGCUGGUUGUUAGACGGAGCUCCGGCAGAAGAGGAGACACAGAGGCGUCUGCAGGAGGACGAGAUGAAGACCAAACUUCUGGAGCAAGUCAUCCUCAGGCUGGAGCAAGAGAUUGAAGAACUGGAAACAGGCGUGCCUGUCAAUAAAGGUGUGGCCAAAGAAAAUGGUGAGAAUGGAGUAGUGCAGACCCCUAAGAAGGAGGUGACAGGGGUCGAAGCCAAGCUGCUGGGUCCCAGUCCGGAGCAAGCCAGUGAAGAAAACCCAGUCACUCUGGUCUUCAUGGGUUACAAGACAGUGGAGGACGAGAAGGAGACCCACACGGCCCUGGGGAUGGAAGGGGUGGACGGCAACGUGAAGGCUGAGUUUGUGGUGAUUGAAGACGGCGAGGGAAAAGUGGGAGACGCGGCCACAGGAGAGCAGGCUCCUCCCAACGGCAGCAUGGCGGAGAAGGAGAAGGCCGACGGAGGUGAAGAGAAAGAGAAGGAAAAUGAGAAGAAACAGACCUGCAAAUGCUGCACGGUCAUGUGAGCUGUUUGUCAUCUGUGUGUGUGAGACUGUGAAUGAGUGAAUACACACCUGUGCUCGUGCAGCGCGGUGUGCCGUUGCAUGAGUCUGUGUCGUGUGUAACUUUGUGUUUGUGUGGAGGUGUGUGUCAGGACUGAUCAACCAGAGCAGAAGUACAGUUACACAGUCGUUACCCCAACAACGAGAGCCUCUCCGAGCUCCUGCAACAAGAACCACAAAGACUCAUCAGUACACUUCCUACUAUAUUUACUUUCUCUGUAUUUGACUUUGAUUUCUAUCAAUAUUUUUCUAUUUUUCUGUCUUGACAUUUAUAUUGUAGCCUAUCCAGUGUGUAUAUCUUUAUUAUGGGACUGUGUACUGUUUGUUCAUUGUUAGUGUUGGUUGGAGAAAAAUAUGUAUUAGCACUCUAGAUUGUUCUGCUACCCAGUGAGGAAAAUCUGGAAACUUUAAAUUCUUUAAAUCCAAACUAUGAAGGACACAGAUGCUUAAAUAUAAAAAUAUAUUUCUGUGUGUAGGCCUACCAACUAUUUAUCGGUCAAUUUCAUAUUGCAAUAUUGUCUAAGAUAUUAUUUUGAAUAGUAUUUUAAUAUAUUGAUAUGAAAUUAUGUUUUAUACAAUGUAUUUAUUGUUUUUUUUGUUUCUUUAUGUCGUCUCAAACCUUUCACUGCAUGUAAGCUUGUAAAAGCACCAUCAGAUUUACACUCACGACGCAGCGUUUGUGUUUUCUUAGACUCAUGCGCUCAUAUCUCCGGUCACACACAUCGUUCUGUCUAUAGUGGUGAAAUUAAAGCAGUGUCAGAGUAUCUCAUUAUGUUUAAAAAAACACACACGGCAACAAGGCGACUAAAUCAUCAGUCAUGUUGCAAAUAUUAGUUUAACAACUAGUGUGGCACGUCUAUAUAAAGAUCGCUGCUUUUGUGUUUGCUGAACACGUUUUAUGAUCUUUGGAUUCUUGAAUCACGCCGUCGUUGGAAAGGCUCGAUUAAAUCUGUUUUUUAAACAAUAGGAUCUAUGUAAAUCUUAAUGAGGUAGCACUGCAUGAAGCCUUUGCAGCUUUCAUCACUGGUUCACUCUUUAUUAUUAUUAUUAUGUGCUCUCAUGUUCAUGUGAAUGUAAAUCCAGGGGUUAAAUUGGGACGUAUUCCUCCUUUAUGAGAAGGUGUUUGGCUCAUACUGAGGAAAACACUUUAAAACGUUUUGUUGUUUUAUGAAUCAAAUAAAACAAAAAGAUACUGUCAUUUCAUUGUGUUUUUUUUUUUUUUGGGUUGUUGGUGCUUUCUAAUCUUGCUCACUCCCAGUUUAACCCCUGAUGUUCUGUGUGUGAACCUUGGCCCAGUCACACUUAUGUUGUACAAAAAUAAACAGAAGCCUUUUAAAAGACUUUUUGCUAACAAUCAAUCUUCCCAGCCUUAAAAACAUCAAUCUAAAUGUGUUUUUGUAUUAUUUUGAAGGUGUGAUUAUGUUUAGAAAUUAUAAAUAAUACUUAUUUAUAGACAACCUGAAUUUCAGAGAAGUAGUUUAAAACUUACAAGACAGGUUAGCUUCUGGCUAGUCUGAGUGCAGUUAAGACUAAAAUGUGUGACUGACAUCUUUAAAAACGGCUCUAAACUACAAAAAUUAAUAGCAGAUUAAACUGAGUAUUAAAAAGAUUAUGUCAGUUUUGCAUUACCUCAUUUGGGCAAAAAAAAUCAGAAAUUCCUGUUUUACCUUCUAUUUGAUGUUUUCAUUUGACUGACACAAAGCAUAUAGAUGAACGUACAUAAUAACGUAAAUAUGCUGGAACUAGCAAAAAGCUAGUCUCCAAAAACCUUGGCCCCUGGAUGCAUCAGAAAAGUUAUUUAGCUGUUGUUGUUAUUUAUUCUUGUAAAUAAUCAUAAACAUUUUUAUGUAAAUAACUAUAAUAUGAUACUGGUAGUGGUGGUGUUAAAGGUGCCUAUAGCUGAGCUGCUGUAAAGUUUAGAGGUUUUGAGCUGUUUUAAAACAGCAGCGGUUCACUUUGGUCUUUGCCGUGCUUGGACUAGCCGUUAGCCCAUCAGUUCAGUCCUGUUGGAUGUAAACUAUCACAACAAAAGCUGUCCACUGAUUUAUAACAGUUGCACAGAUACUCUCACACAAAAUAAUUUGUAAUGAUUCAAUUGUGCUCAGGUUCCUACACUUUUCUCUUUUUUUUUUCAUUAUAAGUUCAAAUCCUUGAUGAAAAUUCAGCCUGAUCUUUAAACCGAACUUGUUCUCCGUCAUUUGAAAUUCACAGACCCGUGACAAAAUACAGUCUAGGUCCAAGCCUUUUCCAUCCUCACUCAUUCACCAAUUUUAUUCAUCAUCCCAGUCAAACGGUGCUCUCUACAACACCUGCUGUCUGAAAACUCCUGAUGUUGGUGCUAAUGCAAAGCUCUCCAUCCACCAACCGCUGUUUCCUCUGUUCGGCUCAGAUUUGCUGGUGAGGCGUGCACAUCCUGCAGCCUCCUAUAAUUAUUCUUGCUGGAUAAAAGAAGCUCUCGCUGCCUUCAGUGCCAGAUGCAAGUCCUGCCUGCGUUUUUUUACACCAUCAGAGCGAUCCCUUCUUACAUUCCAAAAGGAGGUCAGCAGGUUUGGAUGGCAAAAAAAGCAUGCAGUCUGCGCUUUCCAUGUGUACAGAUUUAUUGUAAUUGUACAAAUGUGUUUUUGAUGGUGACUCUUGUUUUCUUCACAUGGCCUCGUUGCAAAGGCUGUAUAUUACGGUUCACAUAUGAGUUUUGUUGUCUUUAUUUUAAUUUAGUUUAAUUCUUUAGACAACGUUUUGUUUUUGUUUUUUCGUUCUGUGCUCCUUGUUUUGAGGAUCCCCUGCAAACACUGCCUUCUACUCUGAAGGAGCACUACACAAAAUUAUCUGUCACUUUUUAUUAACAACCAAAUAAAUAAAUGCAGCUUGAAUGACGGGUAGCAUGCGGACUACUGUUUGUAUCCUGUACUUUUUUAUUUCUAAAGUUUUGUUUUUAUCUCCACAUCUAUAAUAACAACCAACUUCAUCCAAAGUUCAACAUUUUUGAAGGGAUGCAACCUUUAUGCAGCAGUUUUAACUGGCAGUCUAUGUAUAUUGUGUCUAGAUCCAUACAUUCAUCUGUAUACAUGAGGAAUAUGUGUAAAUUUAAUGGGCAGAGGCUUUGCUUCAUAGGUAAUCUUUGGCAUAGCAGUGGGACAAUGCAAAUUGUGCUAGACCGAUGCCUGUUCAUCUAUUCUGUGGUCAUCUAAAUGUUUAAUCUUGAAUAAAAGUGCUUUUUGUUCUCAGCAA